CUUAUGAAUGCAGUGAAUGUGGGAAAGCCUUCAUUGACAAAUCUGCCCUCAUUGUACAUCAGAGAAUUCAUGGAGGGGAGAAAUCCUAUGAGUGUAAAGAAUGUGGGAAGACCUUCUUACGGAAAUCAGCCCUGGCUGAGCACUUCAGGUCACACACAGGGGAGAAACCUUACAAAUGCAAGGAAUGUGGGAAUGCCUUUGGCAAGAAAUCUUACCUCAUUGUACAUCAAAGAACUCAUAGGGGAGAGAAGCCAAAUGAGUGUAAGGAAUGUGGAAAAACCUUCUUCUGUCUGUCAGCCCUGACUGCACAUCAGAGAAUUCACACGGGUGAAAAACCCUAUGAAUGCAGUAAAUGUGAGAAAACCUUCUUUUGUCAGUCAGCCCUCAAUGUGCAUCUGAGAAGUCAUACAGGAGAGAAACCCUAUGAAUGCCGUCAGUGUGGAAAGUUUCUGUGUACUAAAUCUGCCCUCAGUGCACAUCAGGUAAUCCAUAGAGGAAAAAAGUCUUUUGGAUGUAAUGAAUGUGGGAAGUUUUUCUACCUUAAGUCAACACUCACUAUACAUCAGAGAACUCACACAGGAGAGAAGCAUGGUGUGCUUAGUAAGUGGGGUAAAACAUCCACUGUGAAGUCAGACUGCAGUGAAAAUAAGGGAAUGGAUACAAAGGAGAAUCUUUUUGAGUGUCACGAACACAGGCAUACAGUCUACAAAAGUUCACGUGUAUUCGUACACCAGAGAACUAUAUGGGAGAGACCUUAUGAAUGUGAUGAAUGUGGGAGAACCUACUGCCGGAAGUCAGCUCUCAGGGACCACCAGAAGACACACACUGGAGAGAGGCCCUAUGAAUGUAACCAUUGUGGGAAAACCUUCGGUCAGAAGGUUUCCUUUACUGAGCAUCAGCGAACUCACACUGGAGAAAAACCACAUGUAUGUAAAGAAUGUGGGAAAUCUUUCCGCCAUAAGUCAGCCUUCAUAGUCCAUAAGCGAAUUCACACAGGAGAAAAACCUUAUGAGUGUAAUGAAUGUGGGAAAACCUACCGUCGGCUCUGGACUCUCACUGAACAUCAGAAGAUACACACAGGGGAGAAACCCUAUGAAUGUAAUGUGUGUAAGAAGACAUUUCGCUACAAAUCAAACUUCCUUUUCCAUCAGAAAACCACAAGGAAUAAGAUCCAACAAGGCGACAAAUAGUUUACAGUAUGCUAAAAUCCUGAAUAUGUGUAAAGGAGUGAAAUCUUAGCAUCAUAAGCACUGUGGGAAAUUUUUCCACCAUAAUUCAGCCCUAACAUAACACCAGAGAGCUCACACAGGUGAGGGACACAGUUUGAAAAAUGUGGCCGAAGAUUCUUUGUGAACUAUAAAAAUGUCCAACAGCAUUUCAGACAUGCCAAGUGUGCCUCCCUUUUAAAUCAUGAAACAAGAUAUUUAAAAUCUAACUCUUACUUGAUUACUUUCCAGUAUUACUUGAAUAGUGUAUGUUACCAGAUAGGAGGCCCAGUCUUCAUUCCAAAUCAUUACCAGUUGUUCCUAUAAUAAUUGAGUGAUUUAUAAUUUUUGAGUUCAUGAUGUUUUAAAAUCUCAGAUUAUACAACUGGUCUUUUAACUUGACAGUGUUACCUAGCAAUAGACCCUAAUCCCUUUAUCUGUAAAGAUGACAAAGAGAACUAACCAUGGUACCCCCAACCCAUAACAACAACCAUACACGAACAUUUGCUAAAGCUGAGUCAUUGAAAGCCCUAAAUAAGAUGUUUCUAGUAGGAAGCACGGGAUCACUCCUAAGUGGUCCCCAAGGCUUCAAACUAAGCCAAGAAAAUAGCAGCUAUAGUUAACAACAAAAUAGCAAAAAUGCAAUAAGCAGACUUGAAUAGCAAGGAGAAUCUGGGUAGUGUUUGAAUCAAAACCAUGUCUCUCUGAGUUUAGGUUUUUUAACUAGCCACUCUGGAGAACAAUAGAACAUAGAAAUUAGUGGUUACAUCAAUAUAUUUUCAAAAAUCUCGAUUUUCUAAUAAGCAUGUCCAUAGAGGUGAUACAUAGAAUUUACUUGUCAGCUUCUGAGUAAAGAAGUCUCUAUUAUGCCAAAUA